GAGUGGGUGGGGGUGGCCCUCAGCAGUAGACGGGUACCAGAGAGGAGGGUGCGGUUGCCCAGCUUGGUGGACAGGCGCUAUGGCCGCUGGGGUACUGACCCUGCUGCUCCUGGAGACCUUCCCGCAGCCUUUAUCCAGUGCGCUGCCCCAGCUGGUGGGAGCUCCCCGUGGCAACAUCUCAGGUGAGCCCGGAGGCCGAGGGCCGCCCCCAGCAAAGGCAGACACCAGGAUCGUCUUGGUGGUGUUCAGCUGCCUCAGCCUCCUGCUGCUCUUCCUGGCCAUUUUCUUCAUCUACAGACACGGGCAGCGCAGCUCCGCGCAGGAAGAGGCCACCAACAGAACCAGCCUCUUGGACUUUCUCUACAAGGAGGAGACGUCAGACGCGGCUGACGCAGGACAGGUGUCUGAGGCCGAGGAGCCCCCGGAAGCGGCCCCAGCCCCGCCAGACAGCACGGCCACGUCUCAGGCAGCGUCUGAGCCCCCCGCAGGGGUGAAGGUGGAGGAGGACAGCUGAGGUCUCAGGGAGCCCAUUUCCGCCAGAGUCAGAGAAGCAAAGAAGACAGCCCAGAUGCCAGGGAGGGAGGGAGGCCGGGUGGAGGGGCCCGGGGAGCCGUGACGGUACAGUUAACCGAGGGAAGGGCCGGGAGACCCCGUGAUGCCUCUGCAAAGGACCCUCCUGCCUGAGGCUCUCAGGCCCCAGGUUCAAUCCCCAGCACCACCAUCAGCUAGAGCUCAGCAGGGCUCUGAGCUCUCUCUGUGUCUCUCUAUCUCUUUCUCUCAUUAAAAUAAAGAAAUCAAAAUAUUUUUUGGAAAGAAAGAAAAACAUGACUCUCCUGCCUGAGGCCCUGAGGCCCCAGGUUCAGUCUCCAGCACCGCUGUCAGCCAGAGCAGAGCAGGGUUCUGGGAAAACAAUAAAUAAAUAAAUAAACAAACAAUACUAAAUCACUAAUAAAAUAUCAAAAGUAAACAAAAGGAACCCAGGGGGCAGGGAGGUAGCUCAGUGGUGGGUGCGUGUCUGGCCACGCACAGGGCCCAGGUUGGAGCCCUGACACCGCAUGCGAGUUCACCAGAGGAAACCCCAGUGUUGUCCGUCAGCUCUCUCUCUCUCUCUCUCUAGGCUCCUGCUGACCGCGGGCCACUGGAGCUCAAGUCUCUUU